CAACAACAACAACAACAACUCUUAUUUUUGGUUUGCAAACUCAUUUUAUCACAUUUUAAGAUUGAUCCAAAACAUUUCAAAAUAUGAUAGUUUCUACAAUAUCAUUAAUUCUGUUGAUAAAUAGACAAGUAUAGCCCAUGACACAUCAAAUAAUUGAAAUAAUUUACCAUGAAAAUAUAAACUGUAAUGAAAUUCGGACAAGGAAUUUCAACUACAGUGACAUAAGUUAAAUACAGAUGGAUGCAAAAGAGAUAAAGACACUUCUUAAGAAUGCUCGAGAGGCCAUCAGAAAAAAAGAAUUCAAAGAAGCCUUAAAACAUUGCAAGACAAUAUUAUCUGAAGAUGGAAAUCACUACAUGGCCCUAGUGCUGAUUGCCGUUGCUGCCGAAGGUUUAGAACAGUAUGAUCAAGCAUUGAAGGCAUACAAGCGUGCUAUAGAUUCUGAUGAUACACAGUUGUUAGCUUGGCAGGGUUUGUGCAGUUUCUAUGAAAAGAAUGCAAGCGCUGAAUUUGUUCAAGAUCAGAUAGAUGCCUAUUUGAGGAUGGUAGAGUUCCAUGCCAGUGAUAGGGACAAGAGAGUUGAGACUGUACUAAAACUUGGAAAGUUGGUGGAUAACAAUACCAACAGUACCAAGCUUGAAAAGGUUGUUGUAAUAUACAGAGAUACAAUAAAAGAAGAGCCAGAUGUACAAAAGAAAACAGAGCUGCAAGUAGUCUUCAUCCCAAUACUGAAGUUGACUAAUGUAGAAGACAAGAACAAUGAAUUACAAGAAAUAGCCAAGGAAGUAAUAGAUGCUACAGAGACUUAUGAUGAUAGUUUAGAGGAGAUUAUUUCAUUAUAUCUCUCUCUAGUUGUCAAGAAAAACCCUACAGAAAUAAACAAAAUAUGCUCAGUGCUGUACAAGAAGUUCCCAGACUCAUCAUCUGUUUUAGGGUAUUCUGUCAUUAUCUUGCUGGAUUCACUUAUAGGUGAGGAGAAGUUGUGUACAUGUGAGGAAGUUGAGGAGAAAUUAAAGUUAUACCAGAGUAAGACAGGAGACAGUGACACAGACAUAUCUCUGAUUGCACAAGGUUUUGUAGCUCUUUGUAGGAAGGAAAACAAUAAUGCUAGAAAUAUAUUUAAACAAGUGCCAGACAGCUGUAUGAUGGUUUGUUUACCAUAUUUCCAAGCAGUGACCUGCCAGCAUUUACAUAGAUAUGAUGAAGUUUUGAUCCAUUGUGAACAUGGGCUUAAAUUACUACAAAGAAAGAAUCGCAUUUUGACCAGGCCUAGUACGGAAAUAUCUAGAAGCUUUCAUCUGUUGAGAGUGACUUCCCUUGUUGCUGUCGGGGACAAACUGUCACUUUCUGUUGCCUUGGAUACAAUAGAGAAUGAACUUGAUAUAAGUGCAGAAACUGUAUCUCUUUUGAAGGGACAUAUACAUUUAAAGCAAGGAGAGAUAGACAUAGCAAAGACAUGUAUAGUUGGGGAGAGUGUUCAGAGAGUUGUCCUGGAAGGUCUGAUCGCCCUGCAGGAACAUAGAUUCACUGAGGCCGCAGACAGGUUUGAGAAAGCUGUAAAAAUUGAACCAGAAACUGUCAGUCACCAGGUGAAUCUUGCUAAAUGUUUGUGGAAAACUGAAGACAGAAAACAAGAAUGUUUCACUAUAUUAUUAAAGGCAGCUAAACAAGAUCCUUACAACUGUGAGACAUUCCUGUAUCUAGGUCAUUACUACAGUCAGGAAGCAGACGACAGUUCAAGGUCACGUAAAUGUUACCAGAAAGCAUUUGACCUUGACCCUAACAAUGACGAGGCGGGGGAGGCUCUAUGUGAUAUUCUGAACCAACAGGGAGAAGAGGAGCAAGCUCAUACAAUUCUAACCAAUGUAACAACAAGAGCUAGUGCUGGCUGUGCUAAAUGGGCGUGGUUACGUCUAGGUUUGUACCAGGUGAAACAUGAGGAUCCUUCUAUAGCUAUUGCAUCUUUCCAGUCUGCAUUGAGAGCUGAUCCAAAAGACAAUCAUGUAUGGGAAUGUCUCGGGGAAGCUUACCUAGCUAGAGGAAGUUUUACAGCAUCAUUGAAAGCGUUCACCAGAGCAUCAGAGUUAUGUCCAGAUUCCAUGUACUGUUUAUUUCAAAUGGCCUCUAUUAAGCAGACAUUGGGCACAUAUACAGAAGCCAUCGAGGAAUACAAGAUUAUAUUAGAGAAGUCACCUAACUAUGUUCCUGCUUUGAAAGGUGUUGGAGAAAGCUAUGUGUUAGUUGCCAAGUCUUUAUUAUGGAAGUAUUUCCAUGGUCGUGCCAGAGAUACUGCCCAGCUAGCUGUGUUACAUCUCAGCAGGGCAGCUACAAUACGUCCUGAUAUGUCAUGUUUAUGGAAGCUUAUAGGUGAUGCCUGUACCAUUCUUCAUGUUUUACCUGCACAAAACUUCAGGUUUGAGAAACCAGAUAAAGGAGUACUUACUAAGCUUGAAACACUUGAACUGGGUUCUAGGUGUUAUAUUAGAGCUCUCAAAUGUCUCCCAGAAUGCUCAUCUCUCUGGCAUGACCUUGGGGUCAACUUCAUCCACCAAUCACAAUGUAGCUCUGGGGAAUCUGCCAGAUCAUUGGCUGAGAAGUCUGUGCAAGCUUUAAAGAAAGCUAUUCAACUGGAACCUACCAAUCAUAAACACUGGAAUGCCUUAGGAUAUGUAGCUUGCUUGAAAGUUUACAACAAGCCAGAGUUAGCACAGCAUUGUUUUAUCAAGUCAAUUCAAGUUGAACACAAUAAUGUGAUAGCUUGGACUAAUUUGGCAGCUUUAUACCUGAGCAAAGAUAAUGUCAAGCUAGCCCAUGAGGCAUUUAAGAUAGCACAGAGCUUGGAACCAUCCUAUGUCUCAUGUUGGAUAGGUCAGGCUAUCAUAGCAGAGGUCGUAGGUCACGAAGACGCCAUGGACUUAUACAGACAUACAACUGAACUAGGAAAUCAUGUGGAAGGUGCUUUAGGAUAUGGUCACUGGGUGUGCACGAUAAUGUUACAGAAUGUAGAUAAACGUGACACGUACAUGUAUACAUAUGCUAUAGAACAGAUGGGAGCUGUGCCGUCUGCUUCAGACGCUUUAGCCAGAUAUACAGAUCGUGUAAAGACAAAUGCUGUAGCAUAUAACAUGUAUGGUCUACUGCUGGAGAGACAGAAGUUAUACAGGACCGCUGCACAACAGUUUAAGCAAGCUGUUUUACUUAUUGAACAACAAGAUGAUAAAACCUAUCUGACAGAGGUUAUGUGUAACUUUGCAAGACUUUUAUAUAAAGCAGGAGACUAUUCGCAAGCCUGUUCUGUAUAUGAGAAGAUAGCAGGUGUAUGUACAUUGGUAGACUUGUGUCAUAUGGGACUAGCAUUGUAUAAAACUGGUCAUCUAGAACUAGAGAGCUUUCAAGUGUAUACUAAAGCAGCUGAGAUGGCACAGACAGAUGGAGAUAAGUCAGCUGUGCUUACAGCACUUGCCAUGGUGCUAUAUAAAUUUGGUGACCUUGGUAACGCUAAAACAAAUCUGUUUCAAAGCUCACAGUUGUCUGAACCAUGUAUUCCUGGUUUAAAGGCCCUGUGUGCCCUGGGACUGAUACAGUCUGACCUGACCCUAGCCGAGGCUGCACUUCAUGAACUCUCCAGUCUGGGAGAUAAUCCUGGUCAUCUGUAUGAUGUAGCAUUGCUUGCAAUUGGUGUAGACAUGAUCAAGGGAAAUCUUAUUGAUGUAAAAAGAAAGCUGCAACAUUUACUACACAAAGAUCCUUGCCAGCCAAAACUAUGGCGUUUAUUAUCAGGAAUACUUCUGAAGUUUUUCCCAAAGUUAGGAAAAAGUGCAGCACAAGCCGCUAGAAACUCUCUGCUUGUAGAAAGCCCAGGAAAACAGACUGACUUUAUAUUAUUAACAAUUAGUGAGUUGAGUGCAGGUUGCCAUGGUAACGGACAGAAUUCUGCGGAUGCUUUCCUUACAGCACAGAGAGCUGUUCGUUAUAAUCCAGAGAAUGUAGACAACUGGGCAGCACUGGCGUCUGCUGUUCAUUCUCAAGCUAUACUAACAUCAUGUUGGGAGAAAAGACUUGCCCUGUUCAAACAUGAAUACACAAUUCUGUGCUAUAUCAAAAAAGAAGAUGUCUCACUACCAUUAAAGUUUUGGUGUGAAAAGCAGCAGAUAGUGUGUACAGUGAAUGCUAAUAUGCAUAAUGAGUUGAUGGAAUGUCUAGAUGAGUUAAUGACAGAUUUUGGUGGAGAAGUAGAAGUGAAGCAACUGUUUAAUGUGUUUAGUAAUGUCCUACAAGACAAUACAGGGGGCGUGGCUAAAUCUCUUGAUGAACACUCCUCCGUGUAUUUUUGGCAGAUUAUGGUAGAGAUGUACAUUAAAGCUGGAUUGAUGACGGAGGUAGAGACUACAUUGAAACAGUGUCAUUACAAAGUGGCUAAUAGUGCAAAUCAAGUGUUUUUGCUCAAGAUGGCACAUUUGGCGUUUCAGCAGAUUCUGACAAGUUCAGAAAAUUUAGACCACUACAAGGAAGUAUUCAAGGAAACAGUAGAUCAGAUAUUGGCAGAUCAUCCAGAAUGCAUUGCUGUUAACUUAAUGCAGGGAGUUCUAAAUCUACACACUAACUCAAGAUUAGCAAAACAUCAGCUGCAGAAGAUAUUAGAUUGUCAUGUGACAGGAAGUCAAGGUCAUGACCUCUCUAUAGCAAGACAAGCUCUUCUACACAUACUUGUUAACUCGAAGAAAGACUCAGAACUGAUUCAGGUUAUCCUGGAUGAUGCAACACUAGCAGAGGAUACGGAAUCAUUAAAUUAUUAUAGAAAUAUCACUGCUUGAAAACAGUCAUCUGUGAUCAAUUUGAAAUAAUGCCAUUUCUGGACAGUAUUGUUUAAUAUAAGAAAAAAUUAAGAAUAUGGAAAAAAAAAAAUAAACAAGAUAUACAUGAAUACAAAAUUAUGAUGUAAUGUUAUGAUUUGAGUAGAUUUCUGUGUUUAUUAAGUGUUUUGUGUUGCAGUUCAGUACCCAGCAAACCUUGUAAAGACCCAUGGAAAUUUUCAGCAUGGGUAAAACUAACAAAAACACAAAACUGAUAGGGUCAAGACCAAUUAAAAUUGCAGCUAAGUAAUGACUGUAACUUAAAAGAUUGAUAGUGAGACUAUGUAUCACCUAAUUUUAUGACUUUUGUUUGAAAUAACGAAAACUCGUAUUUCUAGA